CAUUUGUUACCACUUUGCCCACGUGGCAGAUCUCUAUAUAGAUCAAGCUAGAGAUACAGAUCUUGAGCCAACAAUUAAACUAUGUCUACUAGCAGUACGGUACACAGGGUGGGAACACAGGGCCAGGGGAUGGAGCUGCUCCUACACCCAGGGGACGAGUAUCUGGGCUCACUGGAGCCUGACAGCCUGCAAGUACUGGCCUAUGUGAAGCUGUACAUGCCUGACACAAAGAUGGUCACGAUGACGGCCUCUUGCAUUCCAAUGCAGUUUCCGAAAGAGAGACCACCAUUUCUGAGAGUUAGAGGUUCUAUAGUUGCCUCAGGGGCUGAGCAGGUCAUCACAUAUCUACAAGAGCAGUUUGCUGUGGAGGACACGAGUGGACAAGAUGAAGUAGCAGCAUACUCUGCACUGCUCACUGAUAGAUUUCUACCAGCCAUGCUUUACUCAAAGUGGCUAAAUAGUCAAAACUACAUUGACUUCACCCGUUCUUCCUACGCCAAGAUCCUCUAUUUCCCAGUGACAUUGUUCUACUUGUCAUGGCAACACAGAGCAGUAGGACACCUGAUUAUGAGAGGGGCUCCCCCUGACCUCACUCUAGAGCAGAGGGGAUUGGAGCUCAUGUCCAAAGCUGAGGAGUGUGUGGGACUCCUCUCAGCCAGGCUGGGGGAACACGACUACUUCUGUGGAGACCAUUCCUCCUCAUUAGAUAUUCGGCUAUUUGGAUAUUUGGAGCAGCUACUUCAAUCACCUCACUGCGAGGCCGACCCCGUCUCCAAGAGCCUCCGUACCCAUGGCAACCUGGUCUUGUUCUGUCAGCGAAUGAGGAAAAGUCUCUUCCCAGAGAUCAAAGCAAGGUCCUCUGAGGGUGUUUCCCUGCCAACGAUGAGUGGACCCACGUCCUUGUGGAGAGACUCCGCCCUCUGGAUCUCAGUGGGCGUGGCCACAACCGUCCUCUGUGUGCAGGCAGUGAGAGUGGGACUGUUCCAACAACUGAGCUAGUCAGUACAUGUAUAUCACCAGGAAACAAUUAAACUUUUGAACCAGAUAUGGCUACAUGUAGAUUCAUCUCAGUAAUAAUAUUAUAGCUUUGCAAUUUAUUUCUUCAUAUUAUUGUUUUAUCAUUGUUAAAAUUAAUGAGAAAAAUGUAUAAUUAUGUGAGUAUAAA